UAUUACAACUAAACUACUGGUCAAGAAAGUCAAUAACUACUAAGCCCAACAAGCACCAUACUAGGAAAGAAAUAAAAGUCAAAGAAUUCAAAUUCAUUUACCCGCAAUUUCAUAUUACAAAAUGGUGCCACACAGUAGGUAAAGACCACGGUUUAGUAUCCAUCUGAUUGCAAACUUCAUAUGGAUGCAAAUGCAGGCAUUGCAGGACGCGAAAACGAAAUCCUGAAAUUCGUCCCAGGAUUUCCAGAGCUACGACUUGGUGACUUGCCUAGUGGAAUCCUAUUUGGGAACUUAGAAUCAGCCUUUUCAAUCAUGCAACAUAAAAUGGGACAAGCAUUGCCUAAAGCAACAGCUGUUCUAAUAAACUCAUUUGAGGAAUUAGACCCAGAAAUCAACAAAGAUCUCAACUCCAAGUUUCUCAAAUUCCUCAAUGUUGGCCCCUUCAACCUCACAUCACCGCCACGAUUAUCCAAUUCAGACGACUAUGGCUGCAUAUCAUGGCUGGACAAGCGAAAACCCACCUCUGCGGCAUACAUUGGCUUUAGAACAGUGGCAAAACCGACACCUGAUGAGUUGGUGGCACUAGCCGAAGCACUAGAAGCUAGCACUACUCCAUUUCUUUGGUCGAUGGAAGACAAAUUGAAAGAGCAUUUACCAGAAGGAAUCUUGACACGAACAAGUGAGCAAGGAAAAAUCGUGGCAUGGGCACCUCAGGUACAAAUUUUGGCACAUAUCUCAACCGGAGUUUUCAUAACUCAUUGUGGGUGGAACUCGGUGUUGGAGAGCAUUGCAGCUGGUGUGCCGAUAAUCGGUAGGCCAUUCUUUGGGGAUCACCAUAUCAACACAUGGAUGCUGGAAAAUGUAUGGAAAAUUGGUGUGAGAGUUGAGGGUGGAGUCUUCACAAAAAGUGGGACAAUGGAUGCCCUUGAAAUAGUUUUGUCGCACGAAAGAGGGAGGAAACUAAAGGAGCAAAUUGGAUGUUUCAAAGAGCUGGCUCUCAUGGCUGUUGGACCAAAGGGGAGCUCAUCUCAAAAUUUCAAUACUUUGUUAGCGAUGGUAACAAGUCUCAAUCUUGGAAAAUGCAUGGAAGGACUAUUUUGAAACACCACAUAUAUAUAUAUAUAUAUAUAUAUGAGGCAUUUUCUUUGGCCACCAAUAACCUUUUGUUAUUGGGGCAUUGUUAUUAUUUUACUCUGGGAAUAAACUAUUGUUACUGUAUAAGUGGGGUUUUGUAAUAAUAUUAUCAAUCAUGGGGAUAAUCAUAGGCAUGAGGCUGCCACAGUGGAAAACUAUCUGUGGAUUUGUUAAAAGGAAAAUGUUAAAAGAAAUCCUUGUUGCUAUUGAAAAA